UAGGCCUUAGGGUUGAGUUCAAAAUUUAGCACAGAGUAAGGUGCCCUGUGAAAUUGACGGAAUCGCCCGCCCUAAAACCUUCUUCUCCGUCCCUUCAGCGAGCACCGUACUGCGUUUCUCUUUCGUUCACAAAAUGCAGCAGGCGGGAUCUUCGGGAUCGGAAGCUGAAGUGACGUGGGAAGAUCAACAGAACAUCAAUAGUUUUGGCAGAUUGAACAACCGUCUUCACGAAUUAGAUGAUGAAAUCAAGACUGCUAAGGAAACAAAUGAAAAUCUAGAGGAUGCGAGCAAUGAGUUGAUCCUUACUGAUGAAGAGAUCGUGCGUUUCCAGAUAGGGGAGGUAUUCACUCACGUGCCCAAAGACGAGGUUGAGAGCAGGAUCGAAGAGAUGAAAGAGGUGACAAGCAAGAACUUGGAGAAACUCGAGGAGGAGAGGGAAACAAUAGUUGCCCAAAUGGCAGAGUUGAAGAAAAUACUUUAUGGUAAGUUCAAGGAUUCGAUCAAUCUUGAGGAGGAGUAGAUAUAUGUAUACCUAUAUAUAUAUAUAUAUAUAUAUAUAGCUAAUCUAUAUAUCGGUUCUGGUGUCCGAUCGAGUGUUUUGCGAUUGCUUAUUGUGGGUUUUAUUUAUGCUGCUGACUUGUAGUUCCCUUGCCCUUUAUAUGCUCGCUCAUCUUGCAGUAAAACUGUGAAAUUACUUUCGGUGUAACGGUUGACUUAUUCAAUCAUACACAGGGAAUCAUUUGAAUUCA